CGAGUUCAUCCUCGAACCAUGGGCGGUGGUGUGUCAAAGCCCGCGAUAACGAGAUCACUGAGGAGUGCCCGAGCCAGCAUCAGCUCUGUUCGCACAGCCAUUAGCCACCCCGUAGACAAUAAAGCGAGACCGGCAAGUGAAGGUCGUCGUGAAUCCACCAAGCAGCCGACUUCAAUCGAUGCCCGCAUCAUCGCCACACUGCGUCAGCUCAACCUCACUCGACGUGCAGACCCUAAAAAGGGUCGAGCCAUGCACUUCGAGCGUAUCGUUCUCCAGUUCGCGUUGGUCCGAGACGCCUUCACCACCCUCCGCAGUAUCUACCGUCAAUUCGCCAACGCUGAGAAAGACGGUCUCGACUUCGAAGGCCUCAAGGCGGCACUCAACGCCAUGGGCGCUCAUAUCAAAGAGUCCGACGUGUCCGAGAUCUUCUACGAGUCCGACAUGGUGCGAGACAACUCGCUGAGUCAAAACGAAUUCGUCGUAUCGCUGGCCAUCGCGCACUUGCUGGGUCUUAUCACCAAUUUUGACUCCAUUAAAGCCUCAGUCGUGCAAGCCCCCGAGGACGUGACGUUGAUCACUCCACCCGACGAGCCGCCUGCCGAGCAAGGGAAUAACGCGUCAAAACUCAUUGCCAAAGCCUUGGACCUCAUGAUCUCAGCGUACCUGCUCUUCGACAACGACGCCAGCGGCACCAUCCAGACCAGUGAAGUGCUGGAUCAAAUGCGGCAGAACCCGACAGGCCCCAACUCCCCACGACGUCUGGAGCGCAUGGAAAGCAGUUUCUCCUCCAAAGCCAUACGCGACGAGCGGAUAAAGGAGCUCGACUUCGACCAAGACGGCACCAUCACCUUCCAGGAAUUCGUGCUCACCUUCCAACGCUGGGCUGGCUCUGACGAUGACGAUGAAUAG